AUGGACUUGAUGAUCGACACUGACGAGUAUCUAGUCGAUGGUUGGGAAUCUGAUUUCCUUAUAUCCGAAGAAACUACGGAUCAUCAGAACCCGGUGGGGUCUGAGUCCGGAUCCAAAACCGGGCUUGAGUUGGCACCUGAGAGACCGGCAAAGAAAAAGAAAGCGAACGCCAACAAAGUUAAGUCAACAUCUUCUUCUCCCUCGUCUUCUUCUUCUUGUGGUUCGCUCUCAGCUACGCAAGUGAUCUCUUUCGGGUCUCCGGACCGGACCACCAACGUGGUCGAGACGUCGUUGAACUUCUCCAACCUAACAAGCAUGGAGAAAGUGGGGUCCAAAAUAAAAGAUUGUGGUAAUAAUAAUGGAGGAAAAAGAGAGCCACAACUUUUGAAAGAACAUGUUUUGGCUGAACGAAAACGCCGACAAAAGCUCAAUGAACGUUUGAUUGCUCUCUCUGCUCUUCUUCCUGGCCUCAAAAAGGCGGACAAGGCAACGGUUCUUGAAGAUGCGAUCAAGCAUUUGAAACAACUCCAAGAACGGGUAAAGAAGCUAGAGGAAGAACGAAUCGGAACCAAGAAAAUGGAUCAAUCAGUUAUAUUGGUGAAGAGAUCUCAAGUUUUUGUGGAGGAUGAUUCUUCAUCCUAUUCUUCUACUUGCUCAGCUGCUUCUCCUCCUCUGUCUUCUUCUUUAGACGAAGUUUCGAUCUUGAAACAGACCAUGCCUAUGAUCGAAGCCCGAGUUUCAGACAGAGAUUUGCUGAUUAGAGUUCAUUGUGAAAAGAACAAAGGAUGUUUGAUUAAGAUAUUGAGUUCCUUGGAGAAGUUACGUCUUGAAAUAGUUAAUAGUUUCGCCUUACCUUUUGGAAACUCAACUCUCGUUAUCACCAUUCUCUCAAAGAUGGACAACAAAUUUUCUCGACCUAUUGAAGAUGUCGUCAAGAACAUAAGACUUGCUUUAGCUGAAUAA